GUGGAUAUCCGCGUCCGCUCACGUGUUGGUUUAAUUAGUCCAGCCAAUGACAAGUGGUGAUCCUGUUGCUAAUUCAAGAUGGCGGCGACCGUGUCCGUUACUUCGCCGGCGAGCGAGUUGAGGGAAAAGGAUGAAAAUGAAGGAAGUAACCGAGGAGAAGAGGAGGAAGGCGGUUUCCCAGAGGAUGAGCAGUGGCCCAGUGCGGACCCGGAGGUCGACGGAGAGAAAGUGGGCGGCUCGGAAGGCGGGGAGGCCACGACGCGUCGGCGGACUCCUGAGGAGACGCUGGUCGAGCUGGAGGCCGAGGAGAAGCAGCAGAGGCUGGAGCGGACCCGCCGCGAGUUCCGGAACCGGCGUAAGAUCAUUAUCAGGAACCUGCCGUUGGACAUCAUCACCCAGGAAGUCUAUGAUCUGCUCAGUGAGUAUGAUUUAAAAUACUGCUUCGUGGACAAGUACAAAGGCACAGCUUUUGUCACACUAUUAAACAGGGACCAAGCAAACUCUGCCAUAGAGAAACUUCACCAGUCAAUAUUACGAGACCGAGAGAUUUCAGUUCGGUUGCAGCCCACAGAUGCUUUGCUCUGCAUUGCAAAUCUCCCACGCUCCUUCAGUCAGCAGCAAUUUGAAGAUCUGGUGCGGCCUUUUGGGAAUCUGGAACGUUGCUUUCUUGUGUACAGUGAGGUAUCUGGGCACUCUAAAGGGUAUGGUUUUGUGGAAUACAUGAAGAAGGACUCUGCUGCUCGUGCUAAAUCGGAGCUCCUUGGAAAACAGCUGGGUACACGGACCCUCUACGUCCACUGGACAGAUGUAAAUCAACUGACUCUUGAUCUCAUGCAUUCUAAGUGCCUGUGUGUGGACAAGCUACCACAUGAUUAUAAAGACCUGCAAGAAAUCACUGAAAUCUUCAGUGAUGUCUAUCAGCCAACCUAUUGUCAGCUGGCUCAAGGACCUGAUGGGCAAUUCCGAGGCUUUGCGAUUGUGGAAUAUGAAACUGCAGAUAUAGCAGAGGAAGUACAACAGGAAUUAGAUGGGAUUUGCAUUGGUGGGAACCAUGUUCGGGUUUCAUUUUGUGCACCUGGACCCCCUGGACGGAGCAUGCUUCCGGCCUUGAUAGCAGCUCAAGCUAUGGCAAUGAACCGUGGAAAAGGUCUUCUCCCAGAGCCUAAUCCUAUGCAGAUUCUGAACAGCCUCAAUAAUCCAGCAACACUGCAGCUUCUCUUAAACCCAUUAAUCCAUGGAGGAGCCGGUGGGCAGCAAGGACUUCUGGGAGCCGCUCCUUCAAUGGCCUUGUUGGGGAAUCCUGGUUUAAGUGCUGCCCUCCUGCAGCUUAUUUUACAAAGCCAAAAUCCAGCACAAGUCCAGAAGCCUGGGAUUCUGGGUGAAUCUCCUCUUGCAGCUUUGCAGCAAAACCCUGUAGGACUUGGAGGUCCACCACAACCAGGAAAAGGACUUUUAGGAAAAUCGCCCUCAGGACUGAAUUCUGAAAGAGGACACCUGAAUCCACCAAUGAUGCCAAUGGGAUCAUUGCCAAACCAACAAUAUCAUGGACAAAGGCCAUCUGACAUGCUUGGUAUGAUGGAUAAUCCAUCUCAUUCUCGGCAGGUCUCCUCUCCUCCAGCUUCUUUGCAAGGACUCCCCACAUCCAUCCUGGGUUCUGUGCUCAGUGAUUUGAAGAAACAGAGGAACCAGAACAUGUCUCAAGACACUGGCUUUGCCACACCAGGGCCAUCUCUGUUGGGUGAGCCACCAAAAGAUCUGCGGGUACCUCAAAAUCCAUACCUCAAUAUGCGGAGUGUGUUCCCUACUAAUGUGCCUGGUAAGGAACAGGCUGCGAACUCCAGCAGUUCAAUGUCAUAUGGACACAGUACUGGUCUUUUGGGAAACUACCCUAGCUCCAGUUCUAGAAUUCAUCAUGGAUCUGGCAUCGGGGAUUAUCCGGAUUAUCCAGAUUAUCCAGAGACUGAAAGCAAACAGUCAGGUUAUGGCAGUUUGGAAAGUUAUGAUGACUACCACUCUUACAGAGACUAUGAAGAGGAAAGAGAACUGGAGCAAUACCCACCAUCAAGUGGUCCUAGGUAUCGAGGGUAUGGCCGUGACAGAACCGAGGAUAGGGAACUGGAGAGAUACUCAAGGUCCCGCGACUCUGGCCUGGGAGGAGCUCGGCGCUACGGACGAGAUCGUAGUAGUGAAAGGGAGCUGGAGCGAUAUCAACUUCCACUUGACUCUGGACUUGGAGGGUAUGAAUCUGACCAAAAUCAGCGAUCAACUUCUUGUGGCUACAAUGAUUUGGAAUCUGCUCCACCUCCACUGUACUCCAGCUCCCCGACAUCCUAUUUCAAAAGUGGCUUAAGAGCAGGACUCCGACAGGGUUACUCCUCCAAGUUAAAUCCACUGCUGAACUCCGGGGCAGGACUCUUGGGAGCUCGGCCCUCCAGCUCCCCACCAGGCUCCCUGCUGAAGACUCCACUCAUUGGUCACAAGCGAGGUGCCUCUCACCUGAUCCCUUCGCCUGAGCCCAGUCCAGAGGGAGGCUACAUUGGCCAGCACUCUCAAGGGCUGGGUGGCCACUACGCUGACUCUUACUUGAAGAGGAAGAGGAUAUUUUAGCUGGGAACCUGGUGUUUCCAUCUAGAAUGAUGCAGUUAUAUUUUGCUUAAGGGUGUAAAUCUUGUAUAGAUAUUUUUAAUCUGUCAGUUUUUUUUCUUAAUGUUUUGGGGGAGGGGCUAUCUUGUACCUGAAUGUGGGAUAUGCAUAAAGCUAGAACUUGCAGAACUGGCUGAAUCAUGACCCUGCAGCACCAGGAAUGUCAGCCCCAUAAUCACUCAAUGUGGGCUUGCACACGAGCCGGCUCUUGGUCAGGGAGGGAGGAACGGUGAGGAGCCAUUUGCCAUAUGUCUCCUGUCAACAACAGCAUGUUAUUAUCAGAGUAUUUGGGACACAUGAAUGAGGCAGAGGAGUAAAUAGCAUCCAACAGUGCUUGUAGUAUUUGCAUUCUCUCAGCAAAUUUAAAGUUGGAGAACCCAGCAUACACCUUGCAAUUUGUAACAAAAAACCUCAUUUGAUCCUGUCUCCCUCAGAGUAGCCACAUUGUGUUGGUGCUGCAGCAGAAUGUGCACUUUAUAUGUGAACAUUUUAACCAAGUAUUUUACUCCAGAUCCCAGGCUGUCAUUUCCCUUUCAUAAUUUCCAGUGCUAUUUGCUUUUUGUUCCCCAGGAGAUGGGAAUUAUUUUUGUGAGUUACUCCCCUUUUGUUUUAAUUGAUCUACAGCACAGUUUUGGCUUUGAAGGUUUGUCAUGACUCUGUCUAGUCUGAAUUUCAGUCCUUGUGCAUACCCCUAACAUCUAUGUUUCUUUUGGUGUUUUUCCCUAAUUUUUCAUUUCAAUCUAUGAAUCAACUUUUGCCUUAAUUUAGAAAUUAUUGUUAAUCUAAUUUUUAGGGAAUUAUUUGCAGUGAAAGGGUUACAUGCUCAUCCUUUUACUUUUUUUUUAAGAAAGCGAGUGGUUGGUAGGAGUGACUUAUUUUUAUCCUUGCCAUUUCAUUUGGCAUAUGUAUUUGUGCCUGUGUUAGUUCCUCAUUAUUACAAGUUUGUUCUGCAAAGACUUCGUUAAAUUCCUGCUGUCUGUUAAUUUGUGGUCCUGUUAUGUUGAGCAUUGCUCUAAUGCUUGGGCAGAAACCCUGAACUGGCAAAUAUGGGACCCUAGUGGUUUAAAAAAAAUGUAAAUAUAAUAAGAACUAGUGCAGCUAAGUAGACACCAGCUCCAGAUUAAAGCUGCAGAAAUGAGUAAUUACCUGUGCUGCUUAUGUUCUCUGGUAAACAUGCCUAUUUUGUCCAAAGCUUGCAGUGGAGUAUCUCUUCCCCUUUAGCACACCUCUGGUCCUUGAAAUUUGGGAGUUGAAAAAUAAUUAGUUUCACUUGGUAUUUGUCCAAUUUACAUAUUAGCAGCACAUGAUCUUUUAAAUCCCUUAACUUCUCUGCUCUGUUCAGACAUUAUAAAGCCAAGGUGAACAGUGAGUUACAGAAAAACAUUUUUUUUCAUUUGCAGGAAAUAUAAAUUCACUAUGCCUUUUAUCAUCUUCUGUCCACUUUUCCCAAACAGAAAUGGGUAAAUGUUGGCAAUGACUGAGGAGUGAGAAACCUUUGUGGUGACUUGAUGUGGCAUUAGGAGAGGGAGGAUGGGGGUUGCAGAAACUGAGUCAAACAUGGGCCAAAAAAGUACCGAUGGUGCAUAAACUGCUUGUGAGAAAGCACUUACUGUGAGUUAAUAAAGGCCUUUGCACCUAACUAACCUGGCAUUAUAGCCAACCCUUCAGUGUGUUUUACUUUGUGCUUUGACUCAAGUCUCAUCACACUACCACAAGAGCUCUGGACAGUUACAAUGGGCAGGUCUCCGGAGUUCCAUAAUGCAGGAUCCACUCUAAUAUCAUUCCAAUCUGAAUUGAUUCCCUGCCUCUAUAAUUGUAAAGAGCAACAGAAAACCCAGCGUAAAUAACUUGUGAGCCUUCUCUAGGAUGAGAUGUUGCACUGAAAUUCUGUGCAUCAACCCCAAGUUCUUCCCCCUCAAGGGUCAGCUAUGAUAUCCCAGCUUCAAUCUCCCAAUUCAGAAUUGGGAAUCUUAACUUCCAAAUUGUUUGGUUCUGCUUCAAAACAAUGGGGUUGAUGUAAUUGAAUACAGCCUUAGCAAUUCACCAAAGUUUGCUCUUGAACAGGAAGUAACCAGGUGUGGUGUCUGAUGACCCCUGCUGGUCUGCUUGGGACUCAACUGUAGUGCUCAAUUGUAGGAACUCUGCUUGCCCAGGGUUCCUGGAUGUACUUGGAGACUAUAAUCUGUGCAGGAUGGAUCUGAAAUUGGUGCAAAGGAGGUGUUCCUGCAUCUGUAGCAUUAAACAAGUGUUGACCCCUUGCCUGGGUACAGGUGGAAGAGAAGCUUUGUGUCCUACCCUAAUGGCAUCAAAGCUGAGUAUGUGGAAGUGGAGGCCCUGAACUGGAGGGCCGCAUUCCUCUGGUUCAUGUACAUUUGAACUUCCUCUUCUGAGGGAUGUGAAAUUAAUGGGUCUUAAAAAAAAAAUGAAGGCUCAAUGGACUUUGUUUAGCUGCAUAAUUAGUUAGAAAACAAAUACAGUUUAAUGUUUGGAGAAUAUACUCAACAUCUCUAAUAAAAUUGGAAUUUUCUCA